AUGACAAUUAUAAAACUUCUUCCUCUUAUCUUUUGCUUCCUCUGCUGCACUGCAGCAGCACAGGAGACGCAGCAGCAGCAGCAGCAAGAGCAGCAGCAAGAACAGCAGAAAGAGCCGCAGCAACAGCAACAGCAGCUGCUUGUGCUGCUGCCACCUUUGCUGCGGCUGCAGGAGCGAAUUGUUGCAGGUGUAGCCUCCUCAGUGUCUGCAGAUCAGCAGCAGCAGCAGCAGCAGCAGGCAGCAGAUAUGCCUGCUGCAGCAGCAGCAGAAGCAGAAACUGCUGCUGCUGCACCUACACCAACACCCUCUACUCCUCAACAGCAGCAACCAUAUGAACCACAGCAAACAGAGCAGCAGCAGCAGCAGCAGCAACAGCAACAGCAGCAGCAGCAGCAGCAGCAGGAUGCAGCACAGGACAGCAGCGCAGCAGCAGGAGAAGAGUUGCCAGAUAAUUCCUCUAUCCCUUCCUCCUUAGACCCAUCGGCAUCAGAGGAAGCAGCAGCAGCAGCUGCAGCAGCAGCAGCAGCAACAGCAGCAGCAACACCACGCCAACCUGAAGAAUUACCUGAUGCAGCAGCAGCAGCAGCAGCAAAUAUGCCCAAGGCCCUUCGUCCUAUGAGGACCUUAGCCUAUGGCAAUAUACACCAAACUGCUUACUACUUUGCAGGUACAGGAGUACCGCAGCGGCAAAGUUUGAUCUUAGAUACAGGAAGUUCUGUUAUGGCAUUUCCUUGCGAGCAUUGCAACAACAGCAGCAUAAGCAGCAGCAGUAGUAUUAGUAGUACAAUAGGAGUUGGUGGAGGAGGAUAUCCAUUUUUUACCAAUACAAGAACAACAAACAGCAGCAGCAGCAUCAAUAGCAGCAGCAGCAGCAGCAGCAGCAGCAGCAGCAGCAAUAAUGCUCCUCAAUUAGAUACAUCAUUACUUGCUGCAGUAUAUAAGAGCAGCAGUUUGCUGCAGCAAUACCUAAACAAUGCGAAUACAAUAGUAUCUCCUUCCUUAUCCCAGCUCCUGCAACAGCAGAAGCAGCAGCAGCAGCAGCAAGACAACAACAACAACAGCAGCAGCAGCAGCAGCAGCAGCAGCAGACAAGUGCAUGCAGCAGCAAUAAAUGGCUCAUUUGGCUGCCAUAUGGAGGAGACAAACUUAUUUCUUACACAAAGAGCAGCAGGAAUAUUAGGCCUAGAGGUAUUCAAUUCUUUUGGUCCCCCUACCUUCCCUUAUACUGUAUUAUUAGAGGAUUUAUAUACCAGCAGCAGCAGCAGCAGCAGCAGCAGCAGCAACAGCAGCAGCAGCAGCAGCAGCAGCAGCAGUAUGUAUAAUGUAUAUAAUAGUAGACCUUUGCAUCAUAUUCCUCCUCCUGCCUUUACACAAAGAUUUAUUCAUCAUAAUUCUCCUGUUGCUGCUGCUGCUGCUGCAGCAGCAGCAGCAGCAGCAGCAGCAGGAACAGCAGCAGGAACAGGAGAUAUGGACUAUAAUACCUUGUUUGAUGGACAACAACAUGAGCAACAUGAUAGAAGCAUAAGCAGCAGCAGCAGCAGCAGCAGCAGCAGCAGCAAAUGGCUAAGAGGAGAACGUGUAUUUUCUAUGUGUUUAUCUGAGCAUGGAGCUGCAGCAGCUGCAGCAGCAGCAGCAGCAGCAGCAGGAGGAGGACUAAAAAAAAAAGAUACAUUAUUAGUAUUAAUAGAUUCAGGUAGUACAUUAGCUUACUUCCCUCGUCAUUUAUAUAAACAAAUUGUUGUUGCUAUAGAGAAACAUUUACAUAAACAGCAAUUAAUAAGAGGAAGAAGGCUGCAGCAGCAGCAGCAGCAGCAGCAGCAGCAACAGCAGCAGCAGCAGCAGGAGCAGGAGCAGGAGCAGGAGCAGGAGGAUGGACAACAGAAACAGCAUCAAGAACAGCAGCAGAAACAGCAGCAGCAACAGCAGCAGCAGCAGCAGCAGCAAGAGGAGGAAGAAGAGGAAACAGAUGAAGAAAUAGCACAAAGAAUAUUCGCAAGAACAGAGAAAGGAAAAGGAAUAUUAACAAGACCUAUACUAGAGGAGGAGGUAGAGGUACAAUUACCUCCUAAUGCUGCUGCUGCUGCUGCUGCUGCUGCUGCAGCAGCAGCAGCAGCUGUUGCUGGAACACCAACAGAUGAAGAAGGUGAGGAAGAGAAGGAUGCAGCACCAGCAGCAGCAGCAGCAGCAGCAGCAGCAGCAGCAGACAGCAAAGAAAGACGUAAGUUAUUGCAGACACUAGGUAUCAAGAUCAACAGCAGCAGCGACAGCAACAACAGCAACGACAGCAGCAGCAGCAGCAGCAGCAGCAGCAGCAGCAGCAGCAGCAGCAGCAGCAGCAAUGAGGGUGGAUGGACAGGUGAUGAUCUAAUUGUACCCAACAGCAGCAGCACAGAUAUUGAUUGGGAAGAUCCUCUAGAUGACGAAGAAGCAGCAGCAGCAGCAGCAGCAGCAGGAGAGACACCACCAGCAGCAGCAGCAGCAGCAGGAAGAGGAAGAGAGAGAUUACCUAUUCAUAGGGUACAUCCUUCUGUUGCUGCUGCUGGGGCCCCUGCUGAUGUAGCUGCAGAGCCACAAAGGAGGCCCCGAGUGCAGCAACCACUGCAGCAGCAACAGCAGCAGCAGCAGCAGCAGCAGCGACGAGAUGGUUCAUUAUUAUUAACAGCAGCAGCAGCUGCAGCAGCAGCAGCAGCAGCAAAAACACCAGAAGCAGCAGACUCUUAUAGUACACCACUUCUCUCCCUAGAUGAGACAUCACCUCUUGCAGCAGCAGCCGAAACAGCAGCAGCAGCAGCAGCAGCAGCAACAGCAGCAACAGCAACAGAAGAAGAAGUAUCAAGUGGAUCAUCAUCGUAUAACCCAUCAAAAGAAAGAGGAGAAGAAGACACAGCAGCAGCAGCAGGAGCAGCAGGAGCAGCAGGAGGAAGAGGAGCAGCAGGAAGAGGACAAGCAGGUAACGAGAUAGAAGAUAAAGAAGCAUUACCAAUAUUAUUAGCAUUAAAUACAUUAUCUAAGAAAGAAUAUAACGAAGAAGAAGGAUAUAAUUUAUUACCUUUGUCUGCUGCAGUAAGGAAAUCAGCAGCAAUAAAAAUAAAUAAAAAAGAAGGAGAAAUAUGUUUUUUUUUACCUAAAGGUAAUAAAGAUCUUAAUUUAUUCCCUAUUAUUUAUUUAUUAUUUAUACCUACUAAUCCUCCUUCUCCUUCUUCUUAUCUUUCUCAUAAUAUUCAUGCGAAUUAUUCAUCACCAGCAGCAGCAGCAGCAGCAGCAGCAGCAGCAGCAGCAGCAGGAGGACAGCAACGUGCAAAUAAGCGUAGAAACAUAAAUACACCGAAUGGUGCAGCAGGACUAGGUGCAUCAGCAGCAGCAGCAAGAGCAGCAGCAGCAGGAGAAGAAGAAGAAGAAGAAGAAGAAGAAGAGGAAGAAGAAGAAGAAGAAGAAGAAGAUAAUAUAUGGGUAGAAUGGCAUCCAUCAUCUUAUUUAUAUAGUAAAGGUAAUGAACAUUAUCGUUGUUUAGCUAUUAACGAAGACAGCAGCAGCAAAGACACCGGUGUCUUGGGUAGUUCUUUUUUUAUUAAUAAAGAUAUUAUUAUACAUGUACAACAAGAAAUUAUUGGAUUUAUUAAUGCUAAUUGUCCUAAUAUUAAAUUAAAGGAUAGACCUCAAUUACCUAAAUUAUAA